GGCCGAAGCCUUUCCAAUGCUCACAUGGUAAUCCACCUAAAAAUACUUUUGCAAUACGGAAAGGUUGAAGAUCAAAAAUACUUUUGUAAUUACUGAGUGUCCAUGCUGUCCAUACUGAGACUAGUUUUGGAGUUGAUGAAUUCGCAUCUAGGUUUAGCGAUGUUCUGCCAUCUACGCUCUUGGGGGGUGUGAUGUCUCGGAGAGUGAGCGCUGUAACAAGACCAGAGUAAUGGUUAGGAGUCUCCUAGUUUCCAAUUUCCUCGCCGAGUUUGUAGUACCUCACAGGAUUUCGCUGCAAAUUGUAUCAGUGAUCAUUAGUUGCUGCGCGCUAGACCUAGUUUAUCUGCAUCUGUUGAAGUUGCCAAGUUGCGGCGAGCUUCUUGAGGUGGAUUGUCACCAGCUCGUCAAGUCGCCAUUCUUCGUGUGAAGAUUGACGUAGUCCCUGGAGCGGAUCGGACAAAAUUAUGUGUUCCUCUUGGUGAUUUAUGUAAGCGACAUAUUGGGUUGGUGUUGGAGAUUGUUGAGGUGUUGAUGGUUUCAGCUCUCAUCAGUAUGAAUCGUGAAGUCACUCUGGUGAGAAAUCGCUUCGUAAUCUGCUUUUUUGCUGCUGUGGGCGUAUUAUUCACGUAGCUUCUCAAGAUCUGUUUUCAGGUCUUGGACGGUUCUAUUUCUCGAUUCCGAAGAAUCUGCUCCUCCACCUUCUUUGGGAUUGUUGUUAGUUUUAGAACUCUCAUCAAUGAGAAUUUGUUCGGGGAGGAGCUGGCAGUAUGGGCAUAUUUCAAUCUAGCCAAGCGUUUAAAGUGAUUCAAGUACCGAGAACAGGAUCGGCAGUGGCGGGACUACAGGAGUUUUCUUUGGAUUUUAAAGCACCGUCAGUGCAUUUUCAGAGCCCCACAUUUGCUUACGGAUGUGCCCAGAAACAUUGGGUAUAGCCUUCUUCUACUGUUGUAAGGCCUGUUCUUCCGGAUCGAUUUCGAGGACUGUUGAACGCAGCAUUCUUGAUUGGGUGAAUGCCAUUUUGUGAGGAUCAGCUUGAAGGCCGACACUUGCUAUAUCCCCGAGACUUUUGUAAACGUUACCUUGAGGAGUCCUGACCAUUUGGUUGAGGGAUCAUCAUGGUGUCUCGUGAUGAAAUGCAUCUCCCUUGCCAUUGUUGGCGAUGAAGUAUUUCAGUACCACAUUUGAUUACUGCGAUACAAUCGCCUGGGCAGAGAAAUUCUCUUGCACCCUUGAGUGGUCGUGAGUGGUGGAGGUCGAGAUGAGUGAUGACGAGCCAAGCCCUGGGGGCAGAACCCUCAGGAUGGGAAAGAAGAAGGAUGGUCCAAACUGGUUCAUGAUAGCUGGAGGUGCUGUAGUGAUGGCAGUGAGUGUUGCACUCGGGCGAAAAAAAAUUUUGAAUGAUGGGGAGAAGACCAAGGAGAGAGUUUUGAACACUAGUGCCAGGACUCAAGCAUCAUCACCGCAUCAUCAGGAUCUUGAUGAAACUGGUUCAAUGCACACGUACGAGACGGUUCAUGACGGGACACCAUUCUGGGACAAGUCUGAGUCUGUGGCUCCACCACAAGCUAAGUUUGAGUUUCGCAGUUCUAAAACCAAACGUCCUGCACCAGCCGACUCUUCUCCGCAAGUUUCUAAAUGUUUCCGGCAGCUUAGUCAUAUCUCAGUUUGUCAGUCCAAUAAGCACUCGGUCCAAUCCGAUGCCCACAAUUCAACAACAUUACGAUCAGGUCUUACAGCCAGACAGGAAAUGGUUCACAGGCUGCGACAGCAAAUUAGGAGUAGAGAUGUAAUGAUUAACGACAUGCAGACCCAACUGGCGGACCAUGUGAUUACCAUGCAUCGCAACCAUUCUGUUGAUCUUCAAGAGUGCGUGCAAGCAAUCAGCACAAAUCUAUUUGAAGCCAAUGUGGAGGUUCAGAAAUUACACCGAGAAUUGAUGAAACAACGUGCCCAACAAAUUGGUGACUUGGAUGAAGAGUGUAUUGACAUUGCGGUUGCUGAGAUUAAACGGCAAUGGGUGCAUCAUAAGGAUGUUGAAGAAAUCAUUCAUGAAUCACGGAAGUUGAGUGAAGAAAUUCAGCGUCUGGAAAGAGAAAAAGAAGCGAAAGACAACUUGGCACAUGCGAAGUUGCGGCAGUGUGAGAUACUAUCAAAGAAAGUGUCAUCUUUGGCGACUGAGCUGGAGGAGGUCAAGCGUCUAGCUCAGGGAAAGCAACGUUUGUUAGAAGCCAAGGAACAAGAAAACCUGCAACUGACUAGUGUUCUUCAGGAACUUCACCACAAGCUUGAGAUAGAAACCAGGGACAACGAUUGGGCUAGGAGCAGCAAGCUUAGCAGACGGACAGAUGCUCGUAGUACGAAGCCGAGUUGGAACUUGAAUCACAAUAUUGACCGGCCUGUCACCCCCUCUGUUAAUGGAGAAGUAUCGUCAUCACGCAUGUGGGUCGUUGAUGAGAACUUCCAGCAGUCAGGUGACGAGUCUGUUCUUGCAAGAAAUGAUUUUCAACAAGACAGUGAAACAAGUGUUGCUAAAGGAGAAUCACCUUGUGUCUCUAAUUCGCAUACGAGGCGGUUCGAAGCUCCAGCCGCUGAAAACAGCCAAAUGGAUAAUUCUGAAAUCAUUGAGAUGCUAGAUGAAAGCUUAAUUCUGAAGUUUGAGGAAGAAGUGGACCAACUCGCAGCCGCACUAGCUGUAACAUCGAAAGCGGUAUCCGAGAAGAUGCAGGCUGCAAGUCGAGUUCUGAAGGAUUUUCAGAAACAUGUUGAGUCCAAUAACGAUGCUCAUACUUUGUCGCAAACUAGUCCCCAAGGAUGGAAGGAGUCAGAUUUUUCACUGACGUUCUCGCACUUGUCUGAAAAUAUGUCGGUGGAACAGAGACAAGAGCUAAGACAUGAAUUAGAUCUAGUUGCGAAGCAACAAGAUGUGGAGAGGGAGAUGAAAGAGCUCGCCAAGCAUCAGGCCAAACUUACAGAGCUCAAGUCUGUUGUGGCCAAGGUUAUUGUCAGAUCGAACGCUGGAAACCCUGAGGUUAAUUCCUCCGUAUUAAGCAUUGAGCAGAAACUUGCUGUUCAGGAUGUGAUAGCUAAGGAGACUUCUUCAAUCGUUCAGCAACUUUCGACUUCAUUCCAGAUUUCAUCACCACAUACUCCAUACAUCCGGGAUGUGUGGACAACUGUUAAGGAGACAUCCGGGACUCAUAGCCUAAAUGCCACGCACAAGAAGCGUUCGACGGCUCGCGACUCCUUAGACCAGGAUUCAAGGAACACUUUACAAACGCUAACUGGAACGAGUUCGUCACAAUUUUUGGAACAAGGCUCUUCCUCAGCUUUACGAUAUCUGAGUCCAAAUAAGAGUAACGCAGUGAGGACUUUUUCUCCUAUGAAGCUUCUUGAGAAGUCCUAUGAAUUCCAACUUGGAGCUUCAGAUGGACCAGUUUCUACUUCUAGAUCACGAAGAGGUGGGCCAUUUGGAACCUCGAGGACUUUAUUCCGGAAACCUGUUAAGCAUCACGAAAAUGCUGUGGGAUCCAAACGACAAUCAAAUUGUGUGGGCGAGCACUCGUUGCAGAAUCUACACAGACCAGACUCAGAAGCUACGAGCGGAUUUUCGUUUGGUCUGUCUGGCAUGGGUCAGCCUCUGGAUACUGUAGACAUUUCAGGAAACUACUGUAAUUCAGAGACUGCAGAAUCUAGUGUGCAACGACUUGAGGCAAUAGUAGAGACAUCUCAAGCUUAUGACCAAGGCGACCGUAUGAGCAGCCCUGAGCCUGAACCUCAAUCUCAAGCCCACAUCUUUAGUGAGCAGCGUUUUUCUACUUACAAUUCUUCGGAGCCUAUUGUGAACCCAACCUUUUUUAAAAGGUAUAGAUUCAACUGUGACUCCGAGGCGUCUCCUUCUAUUAACUCCAUGCCUUUUACAACCGAGGACAUCAACAGAUAUUCUCCAUCACGACGUUUUGGGAGUCCCCAGUCGCCUUGUUUUGGUGAUCUUCUUAAUGGGGAUACAAAAACACCAUUAUUCGGAUCAACUUUGUCACCCCUUUCAGUGUCAUCAAAUUCGCGCCUGGACAGAAGCGCUACUGAGAUGAGAAAGAUUUCCUUCAACUCGGAGAGGGAGAGGCAAGAGGCCCGCUGGUCUGUUGAUGAAGAUACAGUCCAAAUAAAAAGAUCUACCGAAGAAAAUGGUGCAUCUGACAGAGCUCACAGGGGCAGUACUGAUUGGUCACCAAUUCAAGGUACGACUUCUGCCUGCCCAAGUCCUGUUGGCGUGUCGCCCUUCGCGGCAAGGAUGGCCUAUUUGGACGUGAGGCAGCCAGAAUGUGAAUAGCUUAAGGUGAUAUUUUUUGUCUGUAUCUCGGCUAAGUUAAAAUGAGAAUGAACUAGGUUAACUUUGUGCCCGAAAGCUCAAGAAUAACGAGUGCAGCUGUAUUAUUGAGUGGUUUUGGUGCAAUUAGGAUUCCCCUCCGGUCAACAGGGGAUCUUCACUCAAUCGGCAGCGACAUUUUGUGGGGCGGUUCAUGUUAGCUGUUGUCAGCUGACGCCAUUUGAAAGGUGAUCACUUGGUCACAUGAGUUAGGUGUAAAUUGAUGCACAUGAUGCAUAACGGCACCGGAGUCAUGUCUAUGAUUCUGUGUCGGUAGGUUGCUACGAGUACCUGCUGGUGGCUUCUCAUACCAGCACUCGCUUGUUGCCUGAAGAGUCCCUUUGGCAUGCUUACAUGUUGGUGAACCAGAUCUCCUGGUUCUCUUAACAAAUACCAUCCUCUUUCUUAUAAGCGUUGAUGAACGUUGUACCUUUAGUUUGUUUUUGGAAAUUGUGAUUCCCAUAGCAGUGGUUGCUUCGGUCUAA